CCCGCUGCCCGCCCCGAGCGCCCGCAGCGGAGCGCAGAGGGAGGGGGCGCGCUCACCAGACCCCCGCCGCCCUCCCCCUACCCGGGGGAGGAAUGUGCCACCAGCUGUUCUGCGCUCGGGAGCGCUUAGCCCAGAAGUGAGGAACUUGGAGCAAGAAGAGACAAAGGCUGUAGUUGGGACGGAUGAGGUAGAGACUUGGGUUUGGGCAAACAAAAGGUGAGAAAGAGGAGAAGGGCAUCGGGCGAUGGCUGCUGGGGCGCCCCGCGGGCUGGAGUCGCUGGGAGCCGCACCGUGACACGACGGCUUCCCGGACCUGCCGCCGCGCUGACUUCCGCGAGCCGCGCUCGGCCAGCCGGGGAGCGCGCCGGAACAAUGGACAACUUCUUCCCCGAGGGAACACGGGUCUGGCUGAAGGAAAAUGGCCAGCAUUUCCCAAGUACUGUAAAUUCCUGUGCAGAGGGCGUCGUCGUCUUCCAGACAGACUAUGGUCAGGUGUUCACUUACAAACAGAGCACAAUCACCCAGCAGAAGGUGACCCCUAUGCACCCCAUGAACGAGGAGGGUGUGGACGACAUGGCCGCCCUGUCAGAGCUCCACGGAGGCUCCAUCAUGUACAACCUGUUCCAGCGAUAUAAGAGAAAUCAGAUAUAUACCUACAUUGGCUCCAUCAUCGCCUCGGUGAACCCCUACCAGCCAAUCGCUGGCCUGUACGAGCAUGCCACCAUGGAGCAGUACAGCAGGCGCCACCUGGGCGAGCUCCCUCCGCACAUCUUCGCCAUCGCCAACGAGUGCUACCGAUGCCUGUGGAAGCGCCACGACAACCAGUGCGUCCUUAUCAGUGGUGAAAGUGGGGCAGGGAAAACCGAAAGCACUAAAUUGAUCCUCAAGUUUCUCUCAGUCAUCAGUCAACAGUCUUUGGAAUUGUCCUUAAAGGAGAAGACAUCCUGUGUUGAACAAGCUAUUCUUGAAAGCAGCCCCAUCAUGGAAGCUUUCGGCAAUGCAAAAACAGUGUACAAUAACAACUCCAGUCGCUUUGGGAAGUUCGUUCAGCUGAACAUCUGUCAGAAGGGAAAUAUUCAGGGCGGGAGAAUUGUAGAUUAUUUAUUAGAAAAAAACCGAGUAGUAAGGCAAAAUCCUGGGGAAAGGAAUUAUCACAUAUUCUAUGCGCUGCUGGCAGGGCUGGAACAUGCAGAGAGAGAAGAAUUUUAUUUAUCUGUGCCAGAAAACUACCAUUACUUGAAUCAGUCUGGAUGUAUAGAAGACAAGACAAUCAGUGACCAGGAAUCCUUUAAGGAAGUCAUUACGGCAAUGGAAGUGAUGCAGUUCAGCAGGGAGGAGGUGCGGGAGGUGCUGAGGCUGCUGGCUGGAAUCCUGCAUCUCGGGAACAUUGAGUUCAUCACUGCUGGUGGGGCGCAGGUGUCCUUCAAAACAGCUCUGGGCAGGUCUGCAGAGUUACUUGGGCUGGACCCAACGCAGCUCACCGAUGCCCUGACCCAGAGAUCGAUGUUCCUCAGGGGAGAAGAGAUCCUCACGCCUCUCAAUGUUCAACAGGCAGUGGACAGCAGAGACUCCCUGGCCAUGGCACUUUAUGCACGCUGCUUCGAGUGGGUGAUCAAGAAGAUCAACAGCAGGAUCAAGGGCAAAGAUGACUUCAAAUCUAUUGGCAUCCUUGACAUCUUUGGAUUUGAAAACUUUGAGGUUAACCACUUUGAGCAAUUCAAUAUCAACUAUGCAAAUGAGAAACUUCAGGAAUACUUCAACAAGCAUAUUUUUUCUUUAGAACAAUUAGAAUAUAGCAGAGAGGGAUUAGUGUGGGAAGAUAUCGACUGGAUAGACAAUGGAGAAUGUCUGGACUUGAUUGAGAAGAAGCUUGGCCUCCUCGCCCUCAUCAAUGAAGAGAGCCAUUUUCCUCAAGCCACAGACAGCACCUUACUGGAGAAACUGCACAAUCAGCAUGCUAAUAACCACUUUUAUGUGAAGCCCAGAGUUGCAGUCAACAAUUUUGGGGUGAAACACUACGCUGGAGAGGUUCAGUAUGAUGUCCGAGGCAUCUUGGAGAAAAACAGAGACACAUUUCGAGACGACCUUCUCAACUUGCUAAGAGAAAGCCGGUUCGACUUCAUCUAUGACCUCUUUGAACACGUCUCAAGCCGCAACAAUCAGGACACCUUGAAAUGUGGAAGCAAACACCGGCGGCCCACAGUCAGCUCACAGUUCAAGGACUCCCUGCAUUCCUUGAUGGCAACCCUGAGCUCCUCCAACCCCUUCUUCGUGCGUUGUAUCAAGCCAAACAUGCAGAAGAUGCCAGACCAGUUUGACCAGGCAGUUGUGCUAAACCAGCUGCGGUACUCCGGGAUGCUGGAGACGGUGCGGAUUCGCAAAGCCGGGUAUGCGGUCCGAAGACCCUUUCAGGAUUUUUACAAAAGGUAUAAAGUGCUCAUGAGGAACCUGGCUCUGCCGGAGGAUGUCCGGGGCAAGUGCACAGCACUACUGCAGCUCUACGACGCCUCCAACAGCGAGUGGCAGCUGGGGAAGACCAAGGUCUUCCUUCGGGAAUCCUUGGAGCAGAAGCUGGAGAAACAACGGGAAGAAGAAGUUACUCGGGCAGCCAUGGUGAUCCGGGCCCACAUCUUGGGCUAUUUGGCACGAAAGCAAUACAGAAAGGUCCUUUGUGGUGUAGUGACAAUACAGAAGAAUUAUAGAGCCUUCCUUCUAAGGAAGAGAUUUUUGCACCUGAAAAAAGCAGCCAUAGUGUUCCAGAAGCAACUCAGAGGCCAGCUUGCCCGGAGACUUUACAGACAACUGCUGGCAGAGAAGCGGGAGCAAGAAGAAAAGAGGAAGCGGGAGGAAGAAGAAAAGAAAAAACGGGAGGAAGAGGAAAGAGAAAAAGAGAGAAUGAGAAGAGAAGCAGAGCUCCGUGCCCAGCAGGAGGAAGAAGCCAGGAAGCAACUAGAGCUGGCGGCCUUGCAGAAGAGUCGCAAGGAAGCCGAACUGACCCGGGAGCUGGAGAAGCAGAAGGAAAACAAGCAGGUGGAAGAGAUCCUGCGCCUGGAGAAAGAGAUCGAGGACCUGCAGCGCAUGAAGGAGCGGCAGGAGCUGUCCCUGACCCAGGCCUCCCUGCAGAAGCUGCAGCAGCUGCGGGAUGAGGAGCUCCGGCGCCUGGAGGACGAGGCGUGCCGGGCUGCUCAGGAGUUCCUGGAGUCCCUCAACUUCGACGAGAUCGACGAGUGCGUGCGGAACAUCGAGCGGUCCCUGUCCGUGGGCAGCGAGUUUUCGGGCGAGCUCAGUGAACUUGCCGAGAAUGCAAGCGCCGAGAAGCCCAACUUCAACUUCAGCCAGCCCUAUCCCGAGGAGGAGGUGGAUGAGGGUUUUGAGGCCGACGAUGACGCCUUCAAGGACUCCCCCAACCCCAGUGAGCACGGCCACUCGGAUCAGCGGACAAGUGGCAUCCGGACCAGCGACGAUUCCUCGGAGGAAGACCCCUACAUGAAUGACACAGUGGUGCCCACCAGCCCCAGCGCAGACAGCACGGUGCUGCUCGCCCCCUCCGUGCAUGACUCGUCCAGUGGCGAGUCCACCUACUGCAUGCCCCAGAACACUGGAGAUCUGCCCUCCCCGGACGGCGACUAUGACUACGACCAGGAUGACUACGAGGAUGGCGCCAUCACCUCUGGCAGCAGCGUGACCUUCUCCAAUUCCUAUGGCAGCCAGUGGUCCCCAGACUACCGGUGCUCCGUGGGGACGUACAACAGCUCUGGGGCUUACCGGUUCAGCUCCGAAGGGGCGCAGUCCUCGUUUGAAGAUAGCGAAGAAGACUUUGACUCCAGGUUCGAUACAGAUGACGAACUUUCUUACCGGCGUGACUCUGUGUAUAGCUGUGUCACACUGCCUUACUUCCACAGCUUUCUGUACAUGAAAGGUGGCUUAAUGAACUCCUGGAAGCGCCGCUGGUGUGUCCUCAAGGACGAAACCUUCCUGUGGUUCCGCUCCAAGCAGGAGGCCCUCAAGCAAGGAUGGCUGCACAAAAAAGGCGGUGGCUCCUCCACCCUGUCCAGGAGAAACUGGAAGAAGCGCUGGUUUGUCCUCCGCCAGUCCAAGCUCAUGUACUUUGAAAAUGACAGCGAGGAGAAGCUCAAGGGCACCUUGGAAGUCAGGACAGCCAAAGAGAUCAUAGAUAACACCAACAAAGAAAACGGGAUUGAUAUCAUUAUGGCUGAUAGGACCUUCCACCUGAUUGCGGAAUCCCCAGAAGAUGCCAGCCAGUGGUUCAGCGUGCUGAGUCAGGUCCACUCGUCCACGGACCAGGAGAUCCGGGAGAUGCACGACGAGCAGGCAAACCCACAGAAUGCCGUGGGCACCUUGGAUGUGGGGCUAAUUGAUUCCGUGUGCGCCUCCGACAGCCCCGACAGACCCAAUUCAUUUGUGAUCAUCACGGCCAACCGGGUGCUCCAUUGCAACGCAGACACGCCAGAGGAGAUGCACCACUGGAUAACGCUGCUGCAGAGAUCCAAGGGGGACACCAGAGUGGAGGGCCAGGAAUUUAUAGUGAGAGGGUGGUUACACAAAGAAGUGAAGAACAGUCCUAAGACGUCAUCACUGAAGCUGAAGAAGCGGUGGUUUGUCCUGACCCACAACUCCCUGGAUUACUACAAGAGUUCAGAGAAGAACGCCCUGAAGCUGGGCACCCUGGUCCUCAACAGCCUCUGCUCUGUCGUGCCACCGGACGAGAAGAUAUUCAAAGAGACAGGCUACUGGAAUGUCACUGUCUAUGGGCGCAAGCACUGUUACCGGCUCUACACCAAGCUGCUCAAUGAGGCCACUAGAUGGUCCAGUGCCAUUCAAAACGUGACAGAUGCCAAGGCCCCGAUUGACACUCCAACCCAACAGCUGAUCCAGGAUAUCAAGGAGAACUGCCUGAACUCAGAUGUAGUGGAGCAGAUUUAUAAGCGGAACCCCAUCCUGCGAUACACCCACCACCCCCUGCACUCCCCGCUCUUGCCCCUCCCCUAUGGGGACAUCAAUCUCAACUUGCUCAAAGACAAAGGCUACACAACCCUUCAGGAUGAAGCCAUCAAGAUAUUCAAUUCCCUCCAACAACUGGAAUCCAUGUCCGACCCUAUCCCAAUAAUCCAGGGCAUCCUGCAGACAGGGCAUGACCUCCGGCCUCUGCGGGAUGAGCUGUACUGCCAGCUCAUCAAGCAGACCAACAAAGUGCCCCAUCCUGGCAGCGUGGGCAACCUGUACAGCUGGCAGAUCCUGACUUGCCUCAGCUGCACCUUCCUGCCCAGCCGAGGGAUUCUCAAGUAUCUCAAGUUCCAUCUGAAAAGGGUACGGGAACAGUUUCCAGGAACCGAGAUGGAAAAAUACGCCCUCUUCAUCUACGAAUCACUUAAGAAAACCAAAUGCCGAGAGUUUGUGCCUUCCCGGGAUGAAAUCGAAGCUCUGAUCCACAGGCAGGAAAUGACGUCCACAGUGUACUGCCAUGGCGGCGGCUCCUGCAAGAUCACCAUCACCUCCCACACCACAGCUGGGGAGGUGGUAGAGAAACUGAUCCGGGGCCUCGCCAUGGAGGAUAGCAGGAACAUGUUCGCCUUGUUUGAGUACAAUGGACACCUGGACAAAGCCAUCGAAAGCCGAACCAUUGUAGCUGAUGUUCUAGCAAAGUUUGAAAAGCUGGCCGCCACAUCAGAAUCAGGGGACUUGCCUUGGAAAUUCUACUUCAAACUUUACUGCUUCCUGGACACGGACAACGUGCCAAAAGACAGUGUGGAAUUUGCGUUUAUGUUUGAACAGGCCCACGAAGCAGUUAUCCACGGCCACCAUCCAGCUCCUGAAGAAAACCUCCAGGUUCUCGCUGCCUUGCGGCUCCAGUACCUGCAGGGGGAUUACACUCUGCAUGCCACAGUCCCACCUCUCGAAGAGGUUUAUUCCCUGCAGAGACUCAAAACCCGCAUCAGCCAGUCCACCAAGAGCUUCACCCCCUGCGAGCGGCUGGAGAAGAGGAGGACAAGCUUCCUGGAGGGGACACUGAGGCGGAGCUUCCGGACGGGGUCUGUUGUUCGGCAGAAGGUUGAGGAGGAGCAGAUGUUGGACAUGUGGAUUAAGGAGGAAGUCAGCUCUGCUCGAGCCAGCAUCAUUGACAAGUGGAAGAAAUUUCAGGGGAUGAAUCAGGAGCAGGCCAUGGCCAAGUACAUGGCCUUGAUCAAGGAGUGGCCUGGCUACGGGUCCACGCUCUUCGACGUGGAGUGCAAGGAAGGCGGCUUCCCCCAGGAGCUCUGGCUGGGCGUCAGCGCGGAUGCCGUCUCUGUCUACAAGCGUGGGGAGGGAAGACCAUUAGAAGUCUUCCAGUAUGAACACAUCCUCUCUUUCGGGGCACCCCUGGCAAACACGUACAAGAUCGUGGUGGACGAGCGGGAACUGCUCUUCGAAACCAGUGAGGUGGUGGACGUGGCCAAGCUCAUGAAAGCCUACAUCAGCAUGAUCGUGAAGAAGCGCUACAGCACCACGCGCUCCAUGAGCAGCGAGGGCAGCUCCAGGUGAAGACAGAAGAGCCCACACAGCCAAUAUCUGAACAUGCCACCCUCUGGCUUAGGCCAGCUCCAGGGUACCGAGUCUGGCCAAUGGCCAACCUGCCCAGGCUUUCUGGAAGCCCCUCGCUGGGGGGAGGAUUCUCCAGGGGUCCUUUUCGCCCUGUCAGCUUCAAUGAUCAUGUAUUAAGCUGUCAACCUUAACAGUCUGCACAAUUUCCAAAGCUUUACUACUCUUAGAUGACACAUGCCUUAAAAAAAGAAAGGGGAGAAAAACCACGCUGCCACCAAAGCAGCCAGAAGUGCCUUAAUUGGGAUCCAACCCGUGGACCUUAACUGUGCUACUGAGGGGAGGUGCUCCCCGCGGGGAAACCUGCGGAGUGGAGGGGGUUGUCUGUCGUGAUUAUGCACUAACCUCCC